CACGGCGUAAAUGCUCCAUAAACUCCACGCCCCCAAAACUAACACUGUUAAGCCUCCUUUGAUGACAAAAGCCUUGAUUUCUUAGAAAAAUCAUCAUAUUUUUUUCUUCUUUUAUCAAAUUCAUAUCAGAGACCUGUAUACGAACCCUAGAUUCAUCCGUGAACAGGUGAUUAUUGAAUUAUGGGUGUGCUUGAAUUUGGACGCCGAGAUGGUAAUUGAAAGUUUUGGUGUGAUUAUUUGAUGGAGAUUUUAUUUAGAUGUCUUUAUUUCUCGGGAAUCUACCUCCUCGCAUUCGGCACAGUGAACUUGAACGUGUCUUUCAGAAGUUUGGGCGUUGUAAUAUACAGCUCAAAGAUGGAUAUGGGUUUGUUCUAUAUGACAUUGUUGGAAAUGCUGAGAGGGCAUUACAGUCUCUGCGAGAUACAAAGAUUUGUGGAGAAGAGAUAUCUCUUACAUGGGCAAACAAAAAGCAUCAGCCCCUUCCUAGGUUUAUGAGGAACAAUAGAUUUUCUCGACCAUAUCGUUGGAGUAGUUUCAAUAGGAAAGAAAAUAUUACAAGGAACAGGGGCUCACAGGAUUCAAGAGUUCUCAGAACUGGUUCUGAGCAUGCGAACAAUUACGAAAAAGAGGUCAAGAGGGUCAACUUACUUGAUAAAGAAACAGAGUCUGGUCUCAGAGAUGGAAGAGAAAAAUUUCAGAGUCCAAUAGAGGAAAUGCUUGACAUUGAUGGAUCUGUAGAGCUAAAGCCAUUGGAGAAUGAUCGAUGGGGUGAGUCUAUCAGUGACCCAAAUGACCAGCAAGUGGAAGAUGGAACCCAAUUUGAUAGGUGUGAACCAUACCAUGGUUUUGACAAAAGAGAAGAUAAUGAUAAGCAUCAAAGGACCGGCUCUUACGGUUCUCCCCCAUCACAUAGUUUCACAGAAAAAGCAUUGAGAGUGUGCUCUUCUGAUGCAAAUCAUAAUUAUAUGGAUAAUCUGAAACCUUCACAAUGUUGCUAUAACUGUGGGUCUACGGGUCAUAUUUUGAGAAACUGUCCUAAGGCAGAUUCUCUUAGACGAAAGAAGGGUACCAGGUUUUCUCGUAGGCGUGACCCAGAUAUUAGAUUUUGUAGAAGAGAGGAAAGAGAUCUCAAAAGGCUGAGGCCUGGUUCUUGGGGUAGGCUUGAUGGGAACAGGGAUGCUGUUCUAUCAAGGAAGGAUGCAAAUAAUAAAGUGCACUUUGAGCGUGUUAAGGAUAGAUAUACUACAGAUAGGAAACAUAGUUUCUUGAACCAUGAGAAGAAUCGGUGGUUUCAUUGUAGAAAGGAGUCUGGAUAUGGGGAAAGAAGUAGAAGGAAACAGAAAAAUUCAAAUAGACACCAAGUAAAGAAGAGGAGGUCUGCAUCCUUGUCUCGAGAUUCUGACAAAAGGGGAUCUCAUUCUAGUUCUUAUUCAUCCUGGUCAAGGUCACAUUUGGACUCUUCGAAGGCCCUUUCAGCUGUAAGUUCCCGUUCACGCUCAAGGUCAGUAUCUUCAAGCUCUCAUUCAUCAUCUACUUCAAGAUCUAGUUCAGUCUCAUCAUCGUCUAGGUCUCGAAGCUCCAUUUCUAGAUCAAGGUCUCUAUCACCUCAAUAUUUGUCCUUACCUGUUUCAUUGGAUCCAUUUGUACCAUCUGAUUCUGUUAAAAAUAUUUCAGAGACUGUCACUUGCAUAAAACCCAAUAAAUCUUUGGUUGAUGAGAGAAAUUGUGAUGGUGAUCUACCAUCAGAUUCUGUCAAAAAUAUUUUUGAGACUGUCACUUGCAGCAAACACAAUAAAUCUUUGCUGGAUGAGAGGAAGUAUGAUGGUGAUCAAGUCUCAGAGCAUCUAGAGCUAAAACGCUCAAUUCCAGGCCAAAAUGAUGCAAAUAAGUUUGAUACCCAGAACAUGGAGGUUAAUGUACAUGGGAAUCAUGUAGGAGAAGGUGAUCAAAGCAAAAUUGACGAAAAAUCUGAAGAAAGAAGUCCAUUUGGUUUUGAAAAAUCUGAAGAAAGAAGUCCAUGUAUAAUUAACUUAGGGAUUAAGGAUUUUACGAUAGAGAAAUCUUCCCCUCUGGAUUCUAGAGAGAGAAAAAAUGAUCAUAAGACUGAGUUAGAGGAUAAGGAAGUCAAAAGAACAUUAUAUGAGUGCAUGUUUGGAAGUCACGUCUUUGAUGCAGCUCGCCUAUGGCCAUGGGAAGUGAUCUAUCACCGCAGGUUGAAGAAGGGACCUAUUUCAACUGAAAACUAUGAAAGAAGGCUUGCCGAAAAUAGGGAAUUCAGUAUCAUUGAUAAGUAUGUGAGGAGCAGCAGUGGCUGGGGAGAACAUGGUAAUGAGUCUUUAUCAGUCCCAGAGGGGAGCAAAGUGGCAAUUUCUGAGUAAGUUUUGUCAGUGCACAAGCCAUUGGACUGUAAUUUUAUGCCUUUUGGUAAAUGUACAUGUGAGUUAGCAUUUAUAGACCUAGAUUACAUAAUCUGAGCAAGUUCAGUAUAGGCAGCUAUAAUCCCUUCUUUCUGGAUUUGAUUUUCUAAUUCUUGUACGGAAUCUUAUUUGGAUACUUGCAGUCUAAUGAAUUAUAAUUUGUAAAUUUUUGGCCACCGGUAAUGCACCGGUAAUGCUUAAUGUAAUUUAUAAUAACUUAU